AUGUCUUCCAACGCCGCCAAAAUCACUGACUGGGUCGCCCGCGGCGACAAGUCGGGCGAGUUUAAGCGCCAGGUCAGCUCGUUCCGCGACCACAUCUCUCGCGAGGCCGGUGCAAAGUAUCCUCCCGAAAAGGACCGCUACCAUCUCUUUGUCUCUUAUGCCUGUCCUUGGGCCCACCGCACACUCAUCGCCCGCAAGCUCAAGGGCCUCGACAAAUUCAUCACCUUUUCCGUCGUCCACUGGCACCUGGGCAACGGUGGCUGGCGCUUUGUCACGAAGGACGAAAAGGAGCCCGGCGAGAAUGUGAUUCCCGACCCGAUUCCCGGCCACGAGGCGUUUACGCACCUGCGCGAGGUGUACUAUGAGUCGCAAAAGGACUAUUCGGGCCGCUUCACGGUGCCGGUGCUGUACGACAAGAAGACGAAGCAGAUUGUGAAUAAUGAGAGUAGUGAGAUUUUGCGCAUUUUUGGAUCCGAGUUUGACGACUUGCUGGAUGAAAAGCACCGGGGUAUCGACAUUUACCCCGAGGCGCUCCAUGGUGAAAUUGAAGACGCCCACAAGUGGCAGUACGACCUCAUCAACAACGGCGUCUACAAAUCGGGGUUUGCCACCACGGCAGAGGCUUAUGAGCACAAUGUCAUUUCCGUCUUUGAGGCGCUCGACCGCGUCGAGAAGCACCUCCAGGGCCAAAAGGAAGGGCCGUACUACUUUGGCAAGACGCUGACCGAAGUCGACAUUCGACUCUACGUAACGCUCAUCCGCUUCGACCCCGUCUACGUCCAGCACUUCAAGUGCAACAUUCGCGACAUUCGCUCCGGCUACCCGGCCAUCCACGCGUGGAUGCGCAACCUGUACUGGAAGCACCCCGCGUUCCAGGACACGACGCAGUUUGAGCACAUCAAGUGGCACUACACCCGCAGCCACACGCAGAUUAACCCGCUGUCCAUUACCCCGGUUGGUCCUCUGCCCAAUAUUCUGCCGCUGGAGGAGGAGGUGCCCGCUGCCGCUGCGGCCAAGUAA